UGAUGAUAAUGACAUUGACAUUAGAUAAUUUAGUAGUAUAUAAGAAACAUGGAAUUUUUGGAGAAUAUUUUAGUCUUCCAUUAUGCAUUAUUGAACUUAUUUGUGCUUAUUUCACAGUCAAUGAGUUUUCACUGUCUACCGUUUGGGUCGCUGUUUUCUUUGAAACACUCUUCAUUAAUUAAAGUUUUGACAAAGUACGCUUCUGUGUAAUUUUUGCAUUAAAUAUGAACCUUAUACUACUUUCAUGAUUAAAUACACUAUUAUGCACUUCGUCGAAAAUUACUGUUCCAUUUAGGACUGUUAGCGAGAGGGACGUAUCACGUAGUAUUGUAUAGAUAAGUGAUUAUUAUAAAAAAAUAGAAGUAAAAUGAAAAAUUACAGAAUAGUCAAUAUAUUUAAGCCCAUUUACAUCAUUGGUGUAAUUUUUUUUACAAGAAAAUUCACUCUAAUUGAUAGCAACGUAUCGAAAGUUUCUGUUUUUUAUAUAAUUUAUGCAAUAUUUGGUAAUAUUAUGAUUUAUCUCAUGUUUUUUCACAUGUUUAACUCUUUUUUUGAACUUUUAAAUAACAACUCCCUAUAUUUCUUCUACGUUAUUGUCUAUUUCUUAUUUUCUUUCAAUCACACAGUCAUUAGCGCUCUUAAUAUAAUCAACAGCGAAAAUCAUAUUAAAGUAAUGUUAAAUCUUCAAAAAAUCCAAUCAAUUUUAGGCGAUUCGAGAGAUAGCAAAUUCAUAUAUAUAGUAAUUCGAGUUUCUUUAUUCGCUUUAUUUACAAUAUUUUUAAUUUUGAUAUCCAUCAAAUUAAUAUCUGAUCGUCUCUCGAGUUUUUCACGUGGAAUUUUAAUAUUUUUAACCACCGUCUCCGACGUUGAAUUGUUAAAUGCAGCGUUCGUAAUGUUAUUUCUUUCGCGUUAUGUUGACCAAUGGCUUAGGAGGAUGUCUCUUAAAAUAGGAACAAUAUCUUUGAGGGACAUGAUCAAAGAUGAAACGGAUGAAAGGGAACGGAUGUUUCAGGUGUUUAGAACAAUAAUCGACACAGCUAUUAAUUUGGAACAGGCUACGAACGUAACAAUUCUAAGUCAUUUUGUUACCCAGCUUAUUCAAUCACUGUCAUAUAUACGAAUAUUGAUAUUAUGGAUGCAUAGUGAGAGGAAAGAGGAAUCUGUUGAAAUACUGAGUCACUUCAUCGGAGUGUUGAUUUGGAUAACAAAAGGUUUUUUAAUAGAAACAAUUCUCUGUGUUUGUUGUGAAAUAUACUAUCGUAAAAUUGUAUUUGCGAGGACCGUUGUACUAAUCUAUAAAGGUCAUUCAUUCACAUAUAGCGACAGAAAAUUAACGAAGAGAAUUCUAAGCGAUAUAAGUACUCGUUUCAGACGAAUGGACUGCCUUGGAUUGUUCACUCUUGAAGCGGCGCUGUUGUUGAAAUUACUAGCUCUGUUAGCACAUUAUACUGUUGUGUUGUUGCAGUUUGUAUUUUAAAUUAUUUUAAGACAAGACAACCAAGGGAAACAAAAAUAAAACGAUACUUAUAUGUCGGUAUCAAUAAUAUUAAAUACGUCUAAAUAAGUUUGGACUUUGUUUUUGAGAGAAAUAAAAUUAACAUUCUUUUAUUCCAAACAAUUUUCGUUUUUUUAUACUUUGUUACCUAAUUUUUCGUUUUGAGUAAAAUAUAAUCUGCUUUUCACAACUU